AAAACAGGUACACGCUUCGGCGUCUACUACACCGCAACUACAUCAAACAUGUCUUGCUGUUUUUCUUAUAUUCUAGUUAUCGCAUGUAUAAAGUAGCCAGAAAAUUAGUCACCGAAUUUCAAAAGUUAUUUACGGCUAUUAUAUAAUUAUAGACAUAAUUAUGUUACGACCGUGGUCUUGGACAAUAUUGAAGCAAUCUUAACAAAAGAUUCCGAUUAAAGCCAUUCUGAUAUGCAUAAUUCAAGAUAAAAAUGUGUAAUAAUAUCUUCCAACCCACAGUAAUUAUUUUAUUGUACCUUCGUUAGUUGUUAACACAACGAAGGCGUGUGAUAAUCGAAUGUAACUUCGAAUUGGUCCUAUCCUCGGAUAAACAGUAAUCACAUGAGAUUUUUAGGUAAUCUGUGCUGAGUCGCUGAGAUAAAAAUGAUGAUAAUAUGAUAACACAAUAUCAAUUGGAUAACGCGUAUUCGUGAGAGCAGAAAACAUUUCCUACAAAGAUAUCACGGACGCGUUGCAUCGUAAUAUGGGCUCAUCACUGUUAGCGCUGUCUUUACGAACCUACUGAUUCCGUUUUGUCAGUAAAACCAUAGAUUAAUUAAUAUACGAUACAUAUUCUAAUCUCAACUUGACUAUUGCUCAUCAACUUCUGGUUGCCCAUUUGUAGUAACUCUAACCGUAUUCGCGUUUUGUUAUUCCUGGAUCAUUGUGUCUAUCAUCUCGUCUGGUGGUAUGCAAUGAAAAAUGUCAAAAAACAGCAACAGUCUUCCGAUAUACAAGUUUAAACCUUUUGUAUUCACUGUGCUUAAGAAAAACCUUGACCAAUCGCAGCUACCAUUAGCCAGGAGUGGUCAUCGUGUGGUGUGCAACAAUGCAUAUUUAUUUUCAUAUGGAGGUUUUAAUCCUCGAACAAAUGAUGCACAUGGCCAACGAGUGUCUUCAGUUAUGCGAGAACUUUGGAAAUAUUGUUUUGAUUUAGGUGAAUGGAAGAUAAUAUCGUGUAAAGAUGUUCCUCAAGAAUUAGCGUCUAGUUCUGUUACUUUAUCUGGUAACAUUAUCAUUAUAUAUGGUGGUACUGGAGUUCCAUUUGGAGCAUUUUGUAGCAAUCGAAUGUACUUGGGAAAUUUAGCCAAUGAAUAUAAAGAAGUUGGGAUGAAAUUUGAAGAACUACAAGUAUCUGGUGAUGUUCCGAUGCCAUUAUAUGGGCAAGGUGUUGUAAUGGAUGGUAAAUAUAUUUAUUCCAUUGGAGGCACAUCUGGUCACGAAUAUGAGAUGGAUGUCCAUCGACUUGAUCUAAGUACUAGGAAAUGGGAGUUGUUACAUAAAUCACAAGGUAAAGGCCAAGAACCUGAGCCUAGGUAUCGACAUGAAGUGGUAUUCUACAAUGGUGGUGUAUACAUAUUUGGUGGUGGACGAGGAGGUUCAACAAAUAUAUACUAUGGAUUUUCGAAAAUCCAUAUGUUCGAUGUUACCACCAGACAGUGGCAAUUUCUCCCUGCAAAACAAGACCACAGGGUACCAAGACCUGGUUACCCAGAUAAUCGAAGUUGCCAUAGUUGUGUUCAGUGUCCUGAAAACCCAAAUUUUGUGUACGUUUGUGGUGGAUUCAAUGGAAUACGAGCCUUUAGAGAUGUUUGGCGUUUUGAUUUAGACAACUUGCAGUGGGAAAAACUCACCAGGUGUACAAUGCCUCAACCAGUGUAUUUUCAUUCGACUGCUGUGACUCCUUCGGGCCGCAUGUGUUGUUAUGGUGGCAUAGUUUCUAAUGGAGGAGUCUUGGACGGUAAUGGUGGUCGAUCGAAUGAUAUAACAAGUGCAUGGAUAAUAAUACCUAAAUUAAAAGUUAUAUGCUGGGAAGCAAUGAUAUAUUAUUUCAAAGAUGAGAUGUUUGAAUCUAGUGAUGAAUGUUUGAAAAAAGUUGGUUUACCUCAAGAAUACUAUGAACAAAUAAUUGAAGCUCGAAGACCUUCUAAUGUUGUUCAUAGUUAAAGCAUUUAUUAAAUUUGAUCAAAUUUAAUUUAAAACACAUUAUUUGUUUGUAGUCAAUAAAUUAAUACACA